CUCUUUGGCCUACGAAGCGGCUGAGAGCGACAUCAUGAAGCGCCAGCCCAGAAACCCCAGGACCGACAAGCUGGUGAACGAGCGGCUGAUCAGCAUGGCCUAUGGGCAGAUCGGCAUGAUCCAGGCGUUGGGGGGCUUCUUCUCCUACUUUGUGAUCCUGGCCGAGAACGGCUUCCUGCCCUCCGUGCUGGUGGGCAUCCGCCUCAACUGGGACGACCGGACGGUCAACGACCUGGAGGAUUCCUAUGGGCAGCAAUGGACCUACGAGCAGCGCAAAGUGGUGGAGUUCACCUGCCACACGGCCUUCUUUGUGAGCAUCGUGGUGGUGCAGUGGGCCGACCUGAUCAUCUGCAAGACCCGGAGGAACUCCGUCUUCCAGCAAGGCAUGAGAAACAAGAUCCUGAUCUUCGGCCUCUUUGAGGAAACCGCCCUGGCUGCCAUCCUCUCCUACUGCCCCGGGAUGGACGUGGCCCUCAGGAUGUAUCCCCUCAAGCCGAGCUGGUGGUUCUGCGCCUUCCCGUACAGUUUCCUCAUCUUUGUCUAUGACGAGAUCCGCAAGCUGAUCCUGCGCCGCAACCCAGGAGGAUGGGUGGAGAAGGAGACCUACUACUGAGCCCCUGCCCUUCUCUUCCUCUUCCUCUUCCGUUUCCUUUCUGGGUUGGGGUCUCCUCCUCCCCCUCCCUCUUCCCCAAAUUUGCCUGUUUCCCUUUCCUUUCCGAAAGAAAGAAAGAAGAGACCACCGACUCUUUGCCGGCCGCCGGGAGAGAAACAUCCAAACCGAGACCCCUCCCCAAAACAAAACCCCCUCCCUUGGAAAUAGCUGGGACCCCCCCCCCCCUUUUCAUUGUUGUCCCUCAUUGACCCCACAAACCCUCCCUUGGCCAUCAUUUCCUUUGUUUUUAGGACCUUUUCCGAAAUGGGGAGGGGAGAAAUGGAGGGGGCAACACACAUGUAUACAUACAUACAUACAUACAUAUAUAUAUAUAUAUAUUGACCUCUCCUCUCCCCUUGUCCAUAGCUGGAUUUGAACCCGGGACCAGCCCCAGAACAACAUGCCUCGGAUUAAGUGAGCCAAAUUGGGGAGGGGGCUUAUUUGGGGGAGGGGUUUCCCUAUGUUUCCUGGUUUAUUUCCCCAACUAUUUCCUCCUUCCGUUCAAUGGAGGUUGAAUGAGUGCGGAUGGGUGUGUUUGAGGCCAGUGGUCAGUCAUUGGGUCAGUCCCACCACUGGCCGGCUCUUAUCUUCCCUGGCAUCAUCAUCAUCAUCAUUGCUAUUAUAUUUAUAUGCCGCUUUUAUCUCCUGACCAAGUCCACAAAGCGGCUCUAAUGAAAAAAGCAAAACAAUCUUCCCCCGGCAUCAUCAUUAUCAUCGUCAUUCAUUAUGCUUUUAUCUCCCGAUUGAAAUUAUUAUUAUUAUUAUUUUAUUAUGACACAGCCAACAAGAUAGAUAUGCUGGAUUUUGUAUCACAAAAUCACAAGUCGAACACUUCCCAAGUGUCUAGGACUAUGUGGGAUAUAAAUAUAAUAAUAAUAAUAAUAUAUUUAUAUCCCGCUUUUAUCUCCUGACUGAAUUGCAAAGAGGCUCUUAAAGAAACAGUACACUUUAAAAUGGAAAACAUAUACGUAUCAAACCAACCAGUCAAUUGAAAUCCCUUGAAACUAUUAUUAUUAUUAUUAUUAUUAUUAUUAUUAUUAUUAUUAUUACUAGUAAUGAUUAUUAGCAUGAUAUUGACAUCCUGCUUUUAUUUCCUGAUUGAAUUGCAAAGUGGCUAAAGAAACAAUACAGUUUAAAAGUCAUAACAUACAAGUAUCAAACAAGCCGGACGAUUAGAACCUCUGAGAACUACUACUACUACUACUACUACUACUACUACUACUACUACUACUAUUAUUAUUAUUAUUAUAUUUAUAUUUAUAUUUCACUUUUAUCUCCCAAUUGAAUUGAAAAGCAGUUUAUAAUCUUAAAGAAACAGCUCAGUUUAAAACUUACAAGUAUCAAACCAACUAACCAAUUAAAAUCCCUGACAAUUAUUAUUAUUGUCCUGUUUUUAUCUCCUGAUUAAAACGCAAAGCGGCUUAGGACCUUAAAGAGACAGUACAAUUUAAAACCGACAACAUACACGCGUUGAAAUACAAUCAGACAAAGCAGUUGAUUAAAAUACCUUGAAACUAUUAUUAUUAUUAUUAUUAUUAUUAUUAUUAUUAUUAUUAUUAUUAUGUAACUGAAUGAAACAGUCCAUUGCAACCACUUAGAAACUUUUAAAAAAGUUUUGCCACCCACUCAUGUUAAUAUGGGGUUAGGAUAGAAUCAUAAGGACACCAUCCAAUACCUCCCGGCAGAUGGCCAUCCAGCUUCUGUUUAAAAAGCCUCCAGAGAAGAAUGGAGACUGCAAUGGACUCCCAGGCAAGCGAUAUCCCACCAGAGUCGGAAGGGAGGCCCAAAAGGCCAUCUAGUCCAACCCCCUUUCUGUUUUGCAAGAAGGCACCAUCCAAUCCCUCCCAACAGAUGGCCAUCUGGCCUCCGUCUAAAAAUCCUCCACUCCAUCAAAGUGUUUGAGAGAAUGAAAUCUACCCAUGUUUAUAUUUUUAAAAAAUUAUUAUUCUACCCCUUUUGGCUUGAUUCCUGCUAGACGUGUCUCCUGUGCAUGUACAGAGUUCCAUAGGGCCGUAAGAGAGCAGCUUAUUCCCUCUGCGUGAGUGUGUGUGUGUGAGUGUGUGUCUAUAUGGGGAAGGGGGUCCGUCCAUCAUUUCUGUUCCAAUAGGAACCACUGUCAGGAAAUUGGGGGGGGGGGGCUGUCCUGGCAUUGACCUCCUUGGUGACCUCGAGUGACCCCUCCCCAGAUCUCCCCUUUGACCAAUGGGAUGGGGGGCCUUGUCCGAGGGGGGGUCAGCAAUUUGGGGUCUCCCCAUGUCGCCCCUCCCCCGCUCCCCCAAACACACACGCAGCCCCCUCCCCACAUUUCCUUUGCAUUUGGGGAGGGAGGGGCACCCUUCUUCUUCUUCCCCCGUUUUGGGAUCGUGUCGUCGUGUGAAUCAACCAAAACAAGGGAAAAUAACGGAAAACAACAACAACAACAACAACCCCGGUUUAACAAAUAAAAUAAAUUUAAAAAAACAAAA